GUAGAUAUCUUUAAAAACAAGUUGUAUUUAUAUUUAAUGAUGCAGCAACAUAUUACGAAAAUUGUUCAUUUAUUAAUCACAAGCUUACUCCACGAAGAAAAAUAAGAUUACUGUGUUAAAAUAAAAGUAGUAAAACAAAUAUCACGUGAUACUUAGUGUAAUACCAAAAUUAAUAUCACACAUUUGAUUUGACUUAUUUUCGUGUUUAUUUUUAAUUAAGGUCUAAUCACACUUAUCCUGGACAUACAUCUCAGUUAUCUGUAUAUACUAAGUAUUACCGACUUACACACGCUCACUGAGCCAUUAAAAUUCCGUCGUUGUUGGAGUACAGUGCUGGGACGCGAGCCGAAUGCCUAUCAGACUUAAUGCUGGUGGCUUAACCACUACGCCAGCAGGGCCGGUUACUGACAGUUUGAAAACACGGCUAUAAAUAAAACGUGUUGGAUGUAUUCAUAAAUAUGCUAAGACCAUCAAGAUAAAAUUUAUGACUCCGACACAGUUGACAUAAUCUACCUUGAGGCGAUCGACGACGUGGAAAGUGUCUACAGCUGCUAAGACUUUCAGCAAUCAACCUUUAUAAAUUACAUCUGGAAACGAAGCGGUCGUAGUACUAUUAGUAAAGAAUGGCGGACUCAACGUUCUUUGAAUGGCGUCGGCGCCGGAGUGAUAACAUUAUGGAGACGGCUGAAGAUCUGCUGGACAAGCUGGAGAGGGUUUCCGAUCUUCUCACAGAAAUCGACGACAAAUAUAUCAAGAAAAGCUCCGAUGGCGCCGACGAUAUGGAACGGAACAGCAUCAUGAAGCGUUUCCACGACGGGCUGGACUCCGCUCGUAACCUGGUCGGUGUUCUCAAGAGCGAGAGGUGGCGACUCAGUAAGAGAGAAAUGAGUCUCGACCUGAGAAUGGGGGAGCUCGAAGACUAUAAAUCUCACCUCAAAACAGACAUGUCCAAUAUGAACGAGACUGUGGAAGUGUUAAGUCUGAGGGUGGUUCAGUUGGAGAAUAGCCUGUGUGAAGAACAGAUGAAGGUAGAAAGUCUGGAGGCAGAGUUGGGUGACAUGGCCAUCAAAUAUGAUCGAGUUGAGAGGAAUAAGGAAAACCUGGAGAAAGAAAAGGAAGAACUGAAGGAAGAACUGAAACAAUACAAGUCUGAGAAAUCAACAGAAUGCCUGAAGAAAAACUUUGAAAACAUGAAACUGGAACUGUCGGUUCUCCAAGAGGAAAACCAAAGUCUGAAGCACAUGAUCCGACAAGCAGAAGAUCAAAGUAAUAACAAAAGUUCAGAAGAUCAAAGUAAUAACAAAAGUGUGCAAGAGUCUGCAAAACAGAAUGUUGUUCAAAAGGAAAACAGUCCCGAGAUAUAUUUAUAGUCACCACCAAGCUGGACUUGAUAAUAAAUGACAUUUGCAAUGACAGCAUGGAGGAUUUCUUUUUCUAACUACAGUAAAAAAAAAAGUAAUGAAUUUCCAUUUACCUGCUAUAAAGAGCAGGAAUUUUACCUCUAUAUAAGGGCCAACUAGUCAAAAAGGCCAUAUUUUGUGGAACCAUUGUAAACCUUUAUAAACAGGUUUAACCAUCUGUACAAUAAAUAUUUUUGUAAUUACAAAUCUCCUGCUGUUAUAUGAUUUACUCUAUUCUGAUUGGAUGACAAAUGUUAUCCUUCGAUAAACAUCAGAAAAUGAUGUCAUUACAACUGGAACAUCAUUACGUAAAACUGGUCAUAGAAAGGACUUUAAAACAAAAAAAUUGUGUAUUUUUAACGAAAUAAGUUGUGUUGUUUGUUUGUUAUUAUAAGAAUUGUUUGCCAUUUAUUGUGAAUAUAAAUGUAUAAUUAACAAAUUUAGUAUAAAAUUGAUUCACUACAAAAUAUUCUUAUGUAAAUUCGGUUUUCUGAAAGUGUAGCCCAAAAUAAAACUGAUGCGUACAACAACAAAAAUACCCCAUUAAUAAUGCAGAUUAUUAUUUUUAAAUUCUAUACCAUAAAUAUUAUGAGUGGCGAUUCUUUCUAAAAAUGUUUCUCAUAUUCAAAUACCAUCCAAUAAAAUGUAACCAUCAAACACGGAACUUGGCAACAUAUUUUACAUUGGUUAUUUGUUAGCUUGUGUUUACGGUGUAACAAGUCAAAGAAUCUAUACCCCCCCAAUCAGUUUCCUUUCAAACAGUGCUCCAUAACCAUCUAAGGCCGUAAAUGUGCUAUGCUUUGGGAAGAUAAAUAAAAAAAAACCCCAUCAUCAUCAUCAACUUAUAGUACUGUGAAAUCCUUUAUUUAUGUGGCCUUCAGUUAUUGCUAAAAAAACAAAACACGUUUUACUGGGCACUUAAAUUCUUUGAUUGAAAAGGUGAUGUCCUAUAUUUUUGUUGUGUUAUAAUUCGAUGACUGCACUAGUCCACAAAAUACAUAAAAUUUAGACCACCAUGAACAGGUGAUUUCACAGUAUGGUCAAACCCGUCUUAAGCAGUCAUACAAGGGAGUAGUUACUGUGGCUGCUUAAGACAGGUUGUCAUUGAAUACAGACUGCCACUUUUAUCAUCUUUAAAAUGUUUGUUGUUUUUCUUCCUCUUUUUUUGUUUUGACUGUACUGCUUAUUAAUGGAUGUAUGCCCUAUAGUUUACUAUAAAUUAACUUCUGACGUGUUGUCUUCUUCAGAAAUAAUGAAAUAUAAACAGAAAAUAUACAAUCGUUAGGUAUCUGUUUUCUCUUUUUAUUUAAUCAGUACUUCAUACGAUGCACUGUAAUAGUACAGAAAUCUAUAAAUGUCAAGCUUAGCUUACCCAGAAGCAAUUAGAUGCAUUCCAAAGUCACAAUAUCUUAACAGAUACAGUGGAGUGAAUGGUUAAUAUUUUUUAUUGCUUGUUUGCUGCACCUUGUCGCUGUUGUUUAACAUAACUCUUUCAUAGAACAAAAAACAUUUAAUGAUAGAAGCAAUUAUUUGAUUUCUCAGCAAUCCAAGAAACAAAAGUUAUUGGAAAACACUCCAAAAAACUUUGAAGGAUUAUGAAAAGUUGAUAGUUACUUUAAAAUUUUAUCAAUAAGUUUUCAUGUGAAAUAUUCAGUCUAAGAGAUUUUUCAUCUCGGACAAUUAAAAUGCUUUACUCUUGCUUAUGGUACUUUACUAGUCACAAUUUUUCAAAUUUUGUAAUCGUCACAAAAGAUGAAGAAUGCAUGUCUUAUUUUGUAUAGUUUAUAAAAAAAUAAAAAAACCUUUAAAUGUUCCUUAAUAUCCAAAUGCUAAUUGUUUUUUUAAUAUAUUGUGUAGUCGAAGAAUGCAUAUUAUUUUCAGUGUGAUGUGUUACCAUGUUAUAAAGUUUAUUCUUUUAUUGGUUUCUUGUUUGAAUCAAUGAAGUGUGAGACCAUGUGAGCAUGAUGUCUGGAGUUGCAGCAUCGUACAUGCAGAUUAUAAAUGUGUAUCGUUGUUUUUGUUAUAUUGUAACGUUAAAAAGUGUAUGAACUAACAAUAAAUAUAUUUACAUCAGUUAAACAGAUGAAUGCCUGCUAUAGCACACCUCUAAUAAAAGCUUUUAUGCAUAA